CAAAGAGUUCUGGGUGGAGUUCUGUACCUCUCAGAAGCUGCUGCCCGCCGCCUGGGGAUGCAGAGAGGAGGGGGCUGCCGCUGACCCUCUGCAACGCACCUGGCGAGGCUGGUGUGAGAUGAUACAUUGCACUUCUGCAACAUCUUCCAUCCAAAAAGCUUUACAAAUAUUAAUACAUUAAGUUGCUCAACAUCCCUGAGAGGCAGUAAAAGAAGUGAGCAUAAGAAAACAUCUACAUUUUCUAGUGUAGUGAAGUGUCACACAGAAUCAACCAUGCCUGGAGAAGGAAAAUCUGACAUGGAGAGGAUUGGUCUCUUCAGUGAAAUGGAGUAUAUUACCAUUGGAGAUAAAUAUGUCACACACUAUAUGCGCCCUUUCAAUGAAGCUGCAAGCAAGAACAAACAAAUGUUACCUGGGGGUACCAAAAUGCUGUCAGCUCUUCAGGCAGGUUACUUUGAGCCUCAGUUUGUGAGGGUUUUCGAAGGUGAAGCCUACUCAAACCCUGUGCAACUAAGGAGGCGAUAUAGAUUGGCAGAGUCAAAGAAAAAUAUGGGCAAAGCUUUCCUUCCAAGCAAUGGAGUCAAACUGCCAUGCGGAGUGGGUACUUAUUAUGGAACUAUAGGUGGUCCAUAUCCAUUCUUCAGUGCACAACUAAGAGGGAAAAUAGCAUAUGCUCCUCCUGGAAAGAAUCUUUAUACAAAUCCUGGAAAGAAAGGAACUGGAUAUGGAUAUCCAAAUCUUACCAUAGGUAAACAGUAUCCACACUCAAGUGAGGUGUAUGAAAUCGGAAAAAUGAAUGCAAAGAAGGUGCAUGAAGACCAUCUGCGUUUGGUUAAAGGAGGGCCUUUCAAGUUAAAUCUCUAUCCUCGGGAGUAUUUUGACAUAAAUCCAUAUCAUGAUGAUAAACCUUUGGCACCAGCUAAGAAACCAAUCCCAGAAAAGCCAGUUGCACAUCCCUUUAAACCAAGUUCUCCUGCUAAAAAGGCAGGAGGCAUGAAAGCAGGAACAUUUGAUUCUUAUCCUUCCCAUUCUGCUGAGCCCUAUGUGGUUAAAUAUUCUCAGCCCAUCACAACUAAUAAAGAAGGACGGAUUUUUCAUCCUCCCCCUGGAUCAAAAAGCAGGCCCUCUACAAGUAUAAUGGCUUUAAAUGUCAUAAGAUCACUAAAUGUAAUGAACUACAAGACUACACACUUGAUAUAUUAGCUUUGAACAGUGGGAUAAAGAAUACACUUCUUGGACUUUGUAAACUAUAACAAUUAAAUGAUUAAAGGGCAUUUGAAGUAAAUAAAACUUUUGUGGAAGAUAGAAUUCAGUCAAAUAAGGCAAACCCAGAUUUUAAUUGUAUCCUAUUUGAGACUAUAGUUUAUAAAUAUGUAAACAAAAUAAGUACAUAAAUUAUGUACAAAUUAUAUUUGUUUAAACUGUGAAAUUAAACUAUAUUGAUACAAAUUUUAUAGUUUAUGUGUAUUGUUGGAGAGAUUUAUAUUUCGAACAUACACACCAAAAAGUAUUUUAGAUUUUAAGUUUUUAUAUAAAUGUUACGAUGGUGGCAUCAAUAAACAGCAAUUACCUCUUCUGAGAUGAUCAGUAUUUAUUAACCAGAGAUAAAAUAUUGUGCAAAGUAAAGGUAUGGUUUCCCUUUAGAAACAAUAAAGAUUGAUGUUCAUCUGAACCAAGCCAAAACACAUUACUGUAUUUGGAUUGUCUUCUUCAAAAGAUUAUGCCUUCUGUUAAGAUGGCCUUCUCAAAAUAGACACCAUCUCCCAUUGUUUACAAAAUGGACUGAGGCCAUAACCUGUCAUAGCAAACAUGGCCACGACCUCCAUUCAGCUCCACUUCACAGUGCUCCUCUCUCUGCCUCUUGACAGCAUAAGGUGCUGUAAUCUUUCUUAAGGUCAGUUUGGCUUCACUUCCAUGAAGGGGAAAAAACUGAAAAAAUCUAUUGUCUUAAAAAAUCAGUUUCUUAUAACCUGAGACCAC